AUUGGGAGGGAAGCAUCCUUGGUUCUAGGGCACACACACACUGCCACUGCUAUUCCUCUGGGACAGCAACAAGUAAAUGGAGGAGCUGAAGAAAAGGAAAGCAGAUGAAUUGGGCAAUGAUUCUGUGGAACACUUGCGCUCUUUGCUUGAUCCUCUUCCUAAAUCCCAGCUUCUUGAUCUUCUCGCUAAACUAGGGUCACAAUACCCUUCUAUAGCUGAAGAAAUUAAAAGUGUUGCAAGCGCAGAUCCCGCUCUUCGAAAGCUUUUUGUCCGUGGUUUAGCUUGGAAUACUACCUCAGAAACUUUGUGUGCUGCGUUUGAAGAGCAUGGUGAAAUUGAAGAGGGCGCUGUAAUUACUGACAAAGUAACAGAAAAAUCACGUGGCUAUGGAUUCAUCACUUAUAAAGAUAUGGAAUCUGCUCAGAUAGCCCUUAAAGAUCCAAGCAAAAUGAUAGAUGGUCGCAUGGCUGUUUGUAACCUGGCUUGUGAAGGUUUAAGCAGUACCACUGUAACCGGUGACCAAGCCCAGAGGAAGCUCUACAUUGGAGGUUUGUCACCAGACACAACAAGUGAGAUGUUACUAAGCUUUUUUAGCAGGCAUGGUGAGAUAGAUGAGGGCUCAGUUGCUUAUAGCAAGGAUACAAACAGAUCACGUGGUUUUGGUUUUGUUACAUAUAAGACGGUUGAGGGUGCAAAGAAAGCUCUAGAUGAUCCGCAAAGGAUUCUUGGGGGCAGGAAUCUUACCGUGAAGCUCGCUGAUAAUUACAAGAGUAAAGUUACACAAGCUCAGGUACCAGGAUCAGUGGUGCCGAUGCCCAUGCCCAUGCCAUUGGCACCGGGGUAUCCACAAGCUCAGAGGACACCUGCAGCACCUGUUGGUUACAGUUACCCCCAACCGAUGGCUGCUUACACAAAUCCGACUUACCCAAGUCCACCACCUGCAGCUCCUCCAUACUCGGCCCAGCCUCAAUUUCCAUAUCCCCAGUAUCCUGUUAAGAAAGAACCUCAAACAACACCAGCACUUCUUGGGGGUUAUCCAUACUACGUGGGAAAUCAAUAAGAAUCAUAGUAGUAUUGGCCUCAGUUUGUUGUCGAUUAUAUAGCUACUUUAUGCUAGUCACUUCAAAGUACCAGUACCAUGUACUUUAUGUUAUGUAUUCCUUCUUUUCUGUUACAAAUACAUUUUAGCUUAGUAGAGAAGAUGUAGAAAAAGAAUUGAAUGUAAGAUUAGAUUUUACUCAUGGAAGUUAAUUAAGAGACUGGUAAUUCUCCACAAA